GGGAGACAGACAGAAGCGGAUGGCCCGAGACCUGGAUUCACAGCUUUAAAAGCAAGAGCGGGAUUUGGAGAUUGGGAUAAUUCUGCCCUCAGCCUGGAGAGAGUGAGGUGGAAUAUAGCAGAGUCCAUCAGGAAGUUUUCACUCACUGGGGAGAGCUGAGAAGGAGCAGUAACAGGGUGAGCUGUGGUUCAGGGGGUCCAGAUGGCAGGCAUAAGGGGCCCGGCCUGCACUGGAGUCUGGCUCUAGAGUCCACAGGGGCUCCCACUUCAACUGGACACAUUCCACAGGACGUGUGCCCAUGAGGUCGUCACCACUGGUCCUGCUCCUCCUGAUCGGCGUCCAGGCUGUACUGAACAUGGGAGGUGGAUUGGCCCGGUGCGCCGGGGCAGCCAACCACAAAGUAGGACAGCAGACGGCAGCCAAUCACAGAGCAGGACAGCAGCCGGCAGCGGCAGGGGACCACCUUUCUGAUCACCAUUCUUCACAGGAACAUCAUAGGACCAGCCAUCACAGGACCAAGAAGCCCCAUCGGGCAGCUUCACACAACCAGGAUAGGAGCCCUGUCAGUGGGCACUCUAGGUCAGAUUCCCCCCCUGACCCUUCCAUCCCAGUGGUGGACCCCAAGCUCUUCUCCAAGAGACGUUACCGCUCCUCGCCUCGUGUUGUCUUCAGCGAGGUGGCGCCAUCACAUGACGCCCUGGAAGGUGAGGGCUAUGACAUUGAAGGUGUGAGGGGGGUGAGGGUAAGGCGCAGAGCGGGAUCGCACACCAUGCAUCGGGGAGAGUACUCAGUAUGUGACAGCAUAAAUACCUGGGUGGGCAACCUGACACGAGCCACAGACAUAGCUGGGAAUGAGGUGACAGUGCUGCCCAACGUUACAAUCAACAACGUGGUGAAGAAACAGUUCUUCUAUGAGACUACCUGUCGAUCCCCCACGCACAGAGGCUCCGGGACUGCAAGUGGAGGAAGGCAAGGGGGACGGGGUGGCAAACAGGGCUCCAGAUCAGGCACCUCCGGCUGUCUCGGCAUCGACAGUCGCCAUUGGAACUCCUACUGCACCAACACACACAUAUUCGUAAGCGCCCUGACCAUCUUCAAGGAACGGACAGCCUGGCGUUUCAUCCGCAUCAACGCUGCAUGUGUGUGUGUUCUCAGCCGGAAGUCCUGGGCGGGACGGUUGGGGCACUGACUGGGGAGGACGUCUCCUGACCACUGAACUAUGAACCAAGCACACACAUUUCUACUAAACAGCCACUGCAGCUUUAUUGCCAAUACUGUAAUCCUCUUCCCCACCUCCAAACAUACACACACACACUUACAUACACACACACACACACACACACACACACACACACACACUCACACACAAACA